AUGGAGGAUUUGACGAGGGGCUGCAAGUCAAAGUUGGGGGAAUUUCGAGUUAAGGAGCUACGUGAUGUUCUUAGCCGGCUUGGUCUUCCAAAGCAUGGAUCAAAGAGGGACCUUCUAGCCAGAAUAUUAGAUUUGUUUACUUCUGAACAAGUGCCAUCAACAAGUGCCUCAACUAGUGCCACAGCAAGUGUUGACGGAAAUGUAAAUGUAGUGAAAGCUAUCGAUGAUGUUUACGGAUGCAUGCUGGAAGAAGAGUAUGAGAUAGAUUCAGAAAGAGGGAGUAGACCAAAGAUCUCCUGUAUAUGUGGUGUCUCAGCAGCAUAUAAUAAUAGGACUGAUUACAUGGUUGAGUGUGGAAAUCCAGAUUGCCGCGUGUUGCAACAUAAAACAUGCGUGUUAGGCCUUGGUCCAGCUCCACCUCACUUUUAUUGUGAAGUUUGCCGGAUUAAUCGGGCAGACCCGUUCUGGAUCGGUAGGUUGGAUUUUGUACACAAUUUAAGGCUGGGCCAUUCUGGAAACCAAGCCGAUGGAAUCGGUCCAGAUGAGAUAAAUUUUGAUACAAAACUGGAUAUAAAUAGUGAAGAUAUGUACCUUAUUGAACAUAAGGGUUAUAAAGUUGAGGUCUGGAGCAUUCUUCUUAAUGAUGUUUUUCAGUUCAGAAUGUGUUGGCCAAAAUAUGGUUAUUUGAAAGUCAAUGGGGUUGUAGUAAAUUGUUGGUUAGCCACAAGUGAUCGCAAUAAUGGUGCACUCAUUUCAUCAAUGUACCUAAAAGAGGGAGCGAAUGAGAUUUCCAUUUCAGCUGUUGCUGAACAUGAUGGAAUUUACUGUAUGGGUGUUAGACUGGUAAAACCGCGCAGCGUUCAAGAGGUGAUUAACCCUGAGUUACUAUUCAAAUCGUUAUAUGAUGAAAAGAUUUUCAGUUUUAGUUUUAUACAGUUCUGCAAUAGAAAGGUCUGUACUAUAAUUUCUAACAAACAAGGAACGGAGCCUUUGAAUGUUGCUACAGAUCGCGUCAUUCAUUGCCUUACAGGUGGAGGGGCACUUGAUGAUGCUGGCAAGGAGUUAGAAGUCCUUGCUGCCACUGUUGAUCUCCGCUGCCCAAUAAGUGGUGCUAGAAUGAAGACUGCUAGCCGAUUUAUGUCAUGCAUUCACAUUGGCUGCUUUGAUCUGGAAUCGUUCAUAGGGCUUGCCCACACAACAAGAAAUUGGAAGUGCCCCAUAUGUUUAAAUAGCUAUUCAUGGGAGGAUAUCACUGUAGACAGCUAUUUCAAUCAGGUUCUCCGUGAGAUUGAGCAGUCCGGGGCAGACACCACGGAGAUCAAGAUUAGGCCUGAUGGUUCAUGGUUUGCAAACAAUGAACCCAACACACCUGCAGGGACGAAUUCAAUUAGGUGCGACUUAAGCUCCACGUCCGGGAUUACUAAUUAUGGAGCUUCUUUAUCAGAUCCAAUAAUUAUAAGUGAUGAUUCUGAGUAA